GGGGGGAGCUUGGCGUAAAGUUCAAAUGCUUCUGCACCCUGCCCUGUAUUAUAUCUAACCAGGGGUAUCUGAUAACGUAGUCUGUUGAAGGGUGAUAUUACCUUUGCUCCCUCAACUGCAACUGAAAGCACACUGGGCUUUUAGGUGGCUCACAUUAGCUCACUUGGAGUGAGGUUUUCAAGAGCAUAGACUCAUCCUUUUCACUAUCAAAAGAAGAUGCUUUUUAAUUUGAGGAUCCUGUUGAAUAAUGCAGCUCUCAGGAACGGUCAUCAUGUCGUGGUUCGAAAUUUUCGAUGUGGACAAUCACUACAAAAUAAAGUACAACUGAAGGGUCGUGACCUCCUCACUCUAAAGGACUUUACAGGAGAAGAAAUUAAAUAUAUGCUAUGGCUAUCAGCAGAUCUGAAAUUUAGGAUAAAACAGAAAAGAGAGUAUUUGCCUUUAUUGCAAGGGAAGUCCCUAGGCAUGAUUUUUGAGAAAAGAAGUACUCGAACAAGAUUGUCUACAGAAACCGGCUUUGCACUUCUGGGAGGACACCCUUGUUUUCUUACCACACAAGAUAUUCAUUUGGGUGUAAAUGAAAGUCUCAAGGACACAGCCCGUGUGUUGUCUAGUAUGACAGAUGCAGUGUUGGCUCGAGUGUAUAAACAAUCAGAUCUGGAUACCCUGGCUAAAGAAGCAUCCAUCCCAAUUGUCAAUGGACUGUCAGAUUUGUACCAUCCUAUACAGAUCCUGGCUGAUUACCUCACUCUCCAGGAACACUAUGGCUCUCUCAAAGGUCUUACCCUCAGCUGGAUAGGGGAUGGAAACAACAUCCUGCACUCCAUUAUGAUGAGCGCAGCAAAAUUUGGAAUGCAUCUUCAGGCGGCCACUCCAAAGGGUUAUGAGCCAGAUCCUAGCAUAACCAAGUUGGCAGAGCAGUAUGCCAAGGAGAACGGUACCAAGCUGUCGCUGACGAAUGAUCCAUUGGAAGCGGCGCAAGGAGGCAAUGUAUUAAUUACAGACACUUGGAUAAGCAUGGGACAAGAAGAGGAGAAGAAAAAGAGGCUCCAGGCUUUCCAAGGUUACCAGGUUACAAUGAAGACUGCUAAAGUUGCUGCCUCUGACUGGACAUUUUUACACUGCUUGCCUAGAAAACCAGAAGAAGUGGAUGAUGAAGUGUUUUAUUCUUCACGAUCACUAGUGUUCCCAGAGGCUGAGAACAGAAAGUGGACAAUCAUGGCUGUCAUGGUGUCUCUGCUGACAGAUUACUUACCUCAACUCCAGAAGCCUAAGUUUUGAUACUGUGUUGCUUGUCAAGAGAAAAACAAUAUUUUCCAAUAACCAAAUGAGUCAGUUUACGGGGUAAGGAGAAUAAAAGUCUAAUAAACAAAUCCCUUACGCAUGGUA